ACGAAUCAAAUGGCUUCACUAAUUCCCCUAACCUAUCUUCUAAUCAUCUCUUUUCUUUUCCUUCAUUCCUCCAAUGCAUCAUUUGUCCUUCCAAUUAUAAAAGACAACACUAAAUCCCAAUACUACACCACAUUUCAAGUAGGAACUUCUCCUUCAACUCGUGUCUAUUUAUCGAUCGAUCUUGGUAACAAAUUUUCGUGGUUUGCUUGCAAUCUAUAUGGAUACAAAACCCGAUCCUCGCAAGAAAUUCCCUGUGAUUCACCCAAAUGUAGUCUCUACACCGGCCCCACGUCCUUCUGUAGCGGAAGCGCUUGUGGCGCUUUAGCUUACACACCAUGGGGCGACGGGCUUUAUGGGGAUAGUCUUUACGAGGACACAACAAGUUUGUACAAACAAACACUUGAAAAGAUUUAUUUGCGAAAGUUCCCUUUUACUUGCGCCGAUAAAGGCCCCCUGAAGGGCUUAUCUCCUCACACUAAAGGGGUAGUAUCCCUUGCAAGAGUUCCCCUUUCCUUACACUCCCAAAUCUCCUCUACCUUAAAAGUACCUCGUAAAUUUUCCCUUUGUCUUCCUAGUACCUCUUCAUUUGGUUAUAAUGGGGCUAUGUACUUUGGUAGUAGCCCGGAUUAUAUAUCCAAAUCUCUAAUCAAAACCCCACUUAUAAUUAAUCCAAAUAGUACUUCACCUAUUUCAAGUAGGGGAGAAAGUUCGAUCGAACAUUUCAUAAAGGUAAAAUCGAUCAAAGUUGAUGGGACAUCAGCACGGUUUAGUACCUCGCUGUUGUCCUUCGAUAAGAAUGGAAUUGGAGGUACUAAAAUUAGUACUUUCGACUCUUAUACCGUGUUACAAACUGACAUUUAUAAGGCUCUCAUUAAUGUUUUUGUUACUAAGGCGAAUAGAAUGAAAAUGACUAGAGUUGCUUCAGUUGCGCCUUUUGGAGCUUGCUUCAGUAAUGUAAUUGAUUCUAAAUUAGGUCCAAUAGUGCCGAUUAUUGAUUUUAUAUUGGAUGGUAAAAGUCCGUUGUUACAUAAUAAGAAUGCUAGAUGGAGGAUUUAUGGGGCCAACUCAAUGGUUAAGGUUUCUAAGAGUGUUUGGUGUUUAGGGUUUGUAGAUGGUGGGUCCGAACCAACAACAUCAAUAGUAAUAGGUGGUAAGCAAAUGGAAGAUAAUUUGGUUGAGUUUGAUCUUGAGUCUUCUAUGCUUGGAGUUACGUCUUCGCUUCUUCGUAAGCGUACAAGUUGCUCUACCUUCAAAGGAAUCUGAUUUUAAUUUUCGAGGUCAUGUGAUUGAAUAUAAAAAUUAAGUAUUAUGAUAAUAUGACCGAAUGAAAUUUUAGUUUGUCAAAUUUUAAUAUUAUAAUGAGGAUUAAUCUUAGAUCUUGAUAAUCGUGUGGUUUUUAUUAUAUUAUGCAACUUUGAAUUUCAUUGUGUUUGCAAUUGAUUGCCACAACUUAUUGAUUUAU